AUGAGCCGCGAACGCAGAGGGACUGCUCUAUCGCCUCUCGCGACGGCUAACCCCUUGAAUGGCACGCCGAACGCGUUCUUCCCGGUCCACCAGCACCUUCACGGUCGGGGCACCCCGCACGGGACGCCACACCAUUUCUUUCCUCAACAAGCCGUGACAAGUCCGACUACUAUGCCUCCACCAAUGGCCACGCGACAGUCCUCGUCUUCGUCAACGACGUCCAAGCCGAUGCACAUAAAGCGCGUCACGCUGACCUCCAAAAAAAACUGGUGGAUGGUUGAACUUGAUGAGGAGGAUGAGCCGCCACCACGCCACUCGAUGUUCAAUGGCUUGCCCACCGGGAGCGAGCAGGUGAUGCGUGCCGAGCCUGAACCGACGCCCAGAGUCGAGCGCUACUUCGACCAUCGCCCUGAUCACCGCAGAGAGUCUGUUCACUCGGUGCCACAACGCUCUCUACCCCCUUCACGACCAGCGUCUCCUAUACCCGAGGCGUACAAUCCGCCCCGUAGACCCAACGCCAUCUUCUCGUUCCCCACUCCACCGAUCUAUUCUGCGCAACCCAAUCCGACGGCUUCUAUGGUUCCAUUCACACAAGGCGCUGCGUCUGAGCUAUUCAAGACUGUUGUCAAGAAGCCGGAAUACGUCACUCUGGAGAUCAACGGCGAGAUCCAGAGUAACGCGACGGACGUUGCUGCUCAGUUUCUCGCAGAACUACGCGUUUACACGACCGUGUCUCGACAUCGCAACCUUCCGGUCUUCCUUGGCUGUUUGGACGGCAUCGGCAUGGUGAUGGAGUAUCUGGACGGCCGCACACUAUACCAGGUCAUCAAAGACCGCCCGCCACUCAGUCGCGCACGCAAAUGCGACUUUCACAAUCAGCUGCUCGACGCCUUGUGCCACAUCCAUUCCUACGGCCUCAGUCAUGGCGAUCUCUCAACUCUCAACAUUCAAGUCGUACAGAAUGGCGCGACGCUCAAGGUUUUUGACUUUGGCCGUUCUGUCGCUGCAGAUUCUCUCUACGCUCCACCAGAUGGGGAUCCAGUCGACCCUUUCGCGUGGAUGGCGCCACAGAAUGCGGGCAGGCCCAGGGUCGAGCAGAUUCACCCGGGUACUCGCCCCUUCUCGGCGCCCGAGAUCCUGCGAGGAGAGUGUCAGGAUGCGCGGCUCGCCGACGCGUACAGCUUCGGGCUGAUCCUCGUCUGCUUGGAACGUUGCGAGCUGGUGGAUGUGAAGCCGUGGGAUCAGCGCAAGGACAAGCUCCCGGCGAACCUAUACGACGGAUGCGAGUUGUGGGUGGAUAGAAUAAAGGAGUACCUCGCGCGAUUCGACUCGCGAAGAAGACUGUCUUUAGAUGACGCGGUCAUGAUACUGGACGAUUGA